AUGAUUGCCACUGUGCAGACCGUAAUCGACGGGGAUGCAUGGAUGGGUUGCACAGUUGACAAGAGCAAUCGGGAUCUCAUCGGGAUCAAUCCGCACUGUCCCACAUCAGAAUCUCGACCCCAGAAAGGUCUGAUGUUGGACGUUCCAAGCCAGUUUGGGAGAUCAUCGGAGACAUUGGUGAACCAAGCAAGAAUCGGUUCAGAGACCGCCGGUUGGUGGGCUGGCGCCUCAGAAAUUCCGAUGCGUCGUCCAAGGACUCAAGCAAGAGGGAACUUGCUGCACCAUGACAAGGCACCUGCACACAGUCCCCAUGUUGUUGGUGAUUUUCUGGCUGAAGAAGAUAGUCAAGAGGUUCGUCACCCACCGUACAGUUCAAACCUGGCUCCAUAUGACCUUUUCGUGCCCUCAAAUAUCAAGCGUAUGCUGCGUGGAAUCCGAUACGAACCACCAACAGCUACAGUCAAGGUUUUUAUUUAA